AUAGUUUGUUUUUUACGUUUAUUGAACAUCAUCAAUUCUAUUUAAAAAUAUUUAAAAUGCCGAAAAGGAAGUACGACGGCAAGAAAGAGGAUAAAUGGCGUCGAAAAAUUAGAAAAUACGAACAGAAAUUAAACAGAGAAAAUCGUCAUCGAUGUACCGAUGAUGAAGUUUAUCUGGAAUCGGACGGAAGGGCAUCUGUGUGGUCAUCCCCAGACCGCUCGCCCGCGUCUGCUACGGCGGCCGUGGUGGCAAUGGCGGAAGGUAUAUCUGCAGCCUCCGCAACGCCGAUAGUUACACCAGGCAACUUGGCGCCCUCUGCGCUGCCAUCGCCCGUGCCACCUGAGCUUUCAACGACGGGAGGACGACCACUGCAGCCAACCGACCCCACACUGAUGUUAACCCCUAGGGAGGCAGAUGCCAAUGAUAAUUCAGAGGCUCUGGUUGCGGACCCCGAACUUUUAAAGGCAUUAGGGGAUUAUGAGACCGAGACAGCCGAGUGGGGCCCUGAUAUAGUGGCGGACUUAGCAAAAAGAUGGGAUCCUAUACUCAGGGACGGUCUGAAAAAAGAAUCCCGAGAAAAGCUAAUAAAGGGAUACCUUCUUCCUAAAAAUUGUCCUUUAACUAAAGCUCCAGUGUUGAACCCAGAGAUAGCUGCUGUCUUAAAUGAGUCGGCAAGAAAUCGUGACGCAAGGGUUCAAAGGAAGCAGUCCCAAAUAGGAUGCGUCCUUGCUAUUUUGGGAAAGACUAUGUCAGGUAUACUGACGAAGUCCAGUGAUACUUCUGAAAUACUUCGUCUUCUUACAGACGCGACAAAGCUUCUUUCAGACUCGCAUCACUUGGAGACCGAAACGAGACGAUUUCUCGUCACCCCAAUGGUUGAUAAGACUUUUAUAGAGCCCUUCAAGGAUCGAAAACGGGACUGUCAUCUGUUUGGUGAAAAAUUAGGCGAGUUUAUUAAAUCUUCGCGUGGAAUACAGAAUACAGGAAAGUUAAUCCAAUCUGCAGCUUCAGCGAGCACUUUAAACUACAAGGGCCCGCCGUCACGCCAGCAAUAUCACCGCAGCGCUCGUGCGCAGUCAAGACGCGGCGGCGGGAACAAGCCGAUAUCGAACUAUCGCCGUCGCGGGGCAGCGCAGACGCCGGGGACGUCGCGCGCGCCGAAUGUGGCGACCCACCACCCGCCCGCUGUACCACGCCACAAGCAAGCGGGAGCAGCAACCACAGCCAACACGAAGCAGUAGCCUCACAGGUACAUGCAGGCCGCUUGAAGCAUUUUAUUCAAGCUUGGAGAAACAUCACCGAUGAUAAGACGGUCCUUGAGACCAUUUCUGGUUAUAAAAUUCCCUUUCUUAAAUGUCCUACGCAGCGUCCAGGUACAAUUCCAAAAUCAUCAUUCUCGAAAGAUGAUCGAUUAUAUAUUGAAAUGGAAUUGAAUCGGUUGGUACAAGCAAAUGUCAUACGUAAAUGUAAUCCAUCUCGUGAUCAUUUUGUUUCUAGCAUUUUUAUUAUACCCAAAAGUAAUG